AAAGAGAGAGCCCAGAGUGACAGCUACCGAAGGAGGACUUUAAUUUACACAGACAUCACUGUGAGGUCAGUCCUGAGUCUCUACCUGUCGCAGUGCUGAGAGGGGUUACCCAGAGUGCUUUGCCACCAUGGGCGAGCUUUUCCGAAGUGAGGAGAUGACGCUGGCCCAGCUCUUCCUCCAGUCAGAGUCGGCCUACUGCUGCGUCAGCGAACUGGGAGAGAUCGGCAUGGUGCAGUUCAGAGACUUGAACCCGGACGUGAACGUGUUCCAGAGAAAGUUUGUGAACGAAGUACGACGGUGUGAGGAGAUGGACCGUAAACUGAGGUUUGUUGAAAAAGAGAUUAAGAAAGCUAACAUCGCAAUCGUGGACACGGGCGAGAACCCUGAGGUUCCGUUUCCUCGAGACAUGAUUGACCUCGAGGCCACCUUUGAGAAGCUGGAAAAUGAGCUGAAGGAGAUCAACACCAACCAGGAAGCUCUGAAAAAGAAUUUUCUGGAGCUGACGGAGCUGAAACACAUCCUGAGGCGUACCCAGCAGUUUUUUGAUGAGAUGGAAGAUCCCUCUCUGUUGGAAGAGUCGUCCACGUUGCUGGACCCCAAUGAGGUCGGGCGUGGCGCUCCUCUAAGACUGGGGUUUGUGGCUGGAGUGAUUGGCAGAGAGAGGAUACCAACCUUCGAGAGGAUGCUGUGGAGAGUUUGCCGUGGCAACGUGUUCCUGCGACAGGCGAACAUUGAAGACCCUCUGGAGGACCCCACAACGGGAGACCAAGUGCACAAGUCUGUGUUCAUCAUCUUCUUCCAGGGAGACCAGCUGAAGAACCGCGUGAAGAAAAUCUGUGAAGGGUUCCGGGCGUCGCUCUACCCCUGUCCAGAGACGCCCCAGGAGAGGAAGGAGAUGGCGGCCGGGGUUAACACCCGUAUCGACGACCUCCAGAUGGUGUUGAAUCAGACCGAGGAUCACAGACAGAGGGUGCUCCAGGCGGCUGCCAAGACGGUUCGCGUCUGGUUCAUCAAAGUGAGGAAGAUGAAGGCCAUCUACCACACGCUGAACCUCUGCAACAUCGACGUCACACAGAAGUGCCUCAUCGCCGAAAUCUGGUGCCCCGUCUCCGACCUGGACACCAUCCAGUUCGCCCUGCGCAGGGGCACGGAGCGAAGCGGUUCCACCGUUCCCUCCAUCCUCAACAGGAUGCAGACCAAACAGACUCCGCCCACGUACAACAAAACCAACAAGUUUACCUCUGGCUUCCAGAGCAUUGUGGAUGCCUAUGGGAUUGGCAACUACAGGGAGAUGAACCCAGCUCCCUACACCAUCAUCACCUUUCCCUUCCUGUUUGCCGUCAUGUUCGGGGACCUGGGUCACGGCGUGCUCAUGACAUGCGCCGCCCUCUACCUCGUUCUCCGAGAGAGCCGUCUCCUCGCCCAGAAAAACGACAACGAGAUGUUUAACAUGAUCUUCUCUGGUCGGUACAUUAUUCUCCUGAUGGGGGUCUUCUCUGUCUACACUGGCAUCAUCUACAACGACUGCUUCUCCAAAUCCCUCAACGUCUUCGGCUCCGGCUGGAGUGUACGGCCCAUGUUCGGGGAGAGAGGAGCCAACUGGACAGAUGAAACUCUAGAGGAGAAUCGAAUUCUGCAGUUAGACCCUGCUAUUCGUGGAGUCUUCAGUGGUCCCUACCCUGUCGGCAUAGAUCCAGUGUGGAACCUGGCCAGCAACAAAUUAACCUUCCUGAACUCCUUUAAGAUGAAGAUGUCUGUGAUCUUGGGCGUGAUUCACAUGCUGUUUGGAGUGUCUCUCAGUCUCUUUAACCACAUGUACUUUAAGAAGCCUCUGAACAUCUACCUGGGAUUCAUCCCAGAGAUCAUCUUCAUGAGCAGUCUGUUUGGCUACCUGGCUCUCCUCAUCUUCUACAAGUGGACAGCGUACGACGCCAGAACCUCCAAAGAUGCCCCCAGCCUGCUCAUAGCCUUCAUCAACAUGUUCCUCUUUAACUACAACGACCCAACAAACAAACCUCUGUACAGAGGACAGAUGGUCAUUCAGUCACUGCUGGUGGUGAUUGCCCUGGCCUGUGUUCCCGUUAUGCUCAUAGUAAAACCAUUAUUACUACGCAAACAGUACCUGUGGAGAAAACACCUGGGCACACAAAAUUUCGGAGGGAUCCGGGUAGGGAACGGGCCGACCGAGGACGAAGCCGAGAUCAUCCAGCACGACCAGCUCUCCCAGAAUUCAGAGGAGGAACCUGAGCAUGCCGAGGAGGAAGUGUUUAACUUUGCAGAUGUGGCAGUGCAUCAGGCCAUUCACACUAUAGAGUACUGUCUGGGCUGUAUCUCCAACACGGCCUCAUACCUACGACUGUGGGCCCUCAGUCUGGCCCAUGCACAGUUGUCAGAGGUCCUGUGGUCCAUGGUCAUGCGCAUGGGUCUGUCCUCCAGGAACUUCGGAGGUUUCUUUGGCCUGUCAAUCAUCUUUGCUUUUUUCGCCACAGCCACUGUGUGCAUCCUGCUCAUCAUGGAAGGGCUGUCUGCUUUUCUACACGCACUGCGAUUACACUGGGUGGAGUUUCAGAAUAAGUUCUACACAGGCCAGGGCUUUAAGUUCAUGCCCUUCACCUUUGACAGCAUCCUGGAGGGCAAGUUUGAGGAAUAAACCAUGCCCCUCCCCCUGUACUGGCUCUCUCUCACUCUCUCUGCUGUUCCUCCCCUCACCCCCAACAACCAAUCAGGUUUUAAACAGAACAUGAUAGAUGUGAGAGAGACUCCGCCUUCACCCAUGAGAAGCUCAAAGACGACGCUGAAUUCCACACAGUUAUGUCUGUCUGUCUUUUUUAUUUUUUUUUUUUCUUAAAUGGUUGUCCUAUUCCAGUUUUCAGGUGUUCUCAUAGCAGUGCGGUUUUCAUAUGGAAAAGCGGUUUGUUCUCGAGAUGAUAAAUUGAAACGUGGUUAUCUAAUGUAAUUAUAUUGUCACAGCUCGUCGUGAAUUGACUUUGGAAUUCUGCGUCAACGUGUCUUCAGGUUAAGUGAAUGUGAUUAUCUGGAAAUGAAUCUCAUAACAUCAAAACUCAAGAUUUUUUUUUUUUUUUGCAUCCUCUGUCUCCACAAAGUACUGAUAGUUUUGAUGAUGUUUGAUCUGUUGUAGUGUU